UCGUUAUGGUAGCAGGCUGAUCCUAAAUAAUCGUUCGUUUCGUCCUCCGAAUUCGUUGGUAAAUUCCAAAAAUGCCGGAAACCAGCGAAAAUGCAGAAAAGCUAAAAGCGUUAUCCACCCGAAAGUCCAGACUUCGUUCUUCACUGACUAGAAGUAUGUCAUACGUAAGUGAAAAGCUGGCGACGGCAGAUUUUAACGAAGUUAAAGUGAAAUUGACAAUGGUCGAAGAUAUAUAUAAAAAUUAUCUUGCUUUACUUGACGAAUUUGACAACUUCGAAGUUCCGGAUCUGGACCCUUUCAUAGAAAAAUUCGAAGAUGACUACAUCGCCAUUAAAGGUAAAUUAGAAAACAGUAUCGAAAAAUUCUCUAAUAGCAGUGCAGUUCCAGGUUUUAAAAGACAGUGUACAACUGAAUCUGGUGGUAGCGGUAGUUGUUGUUCUUCUUCAAAAGCUACGAUUAAGUUACCAAAGUUGGAGUUGAAGAAAUAUGGUGGUAAUCUACUUGAAUUCGAAUCGUUUUGGUCUUCGUUCAACUCAGCUGUACAUAAUACUGAUUUAGAAGCAACUGAUAAAUUUACGUACUUGAGAAAUAACCUGGUAGGCGAAGCUGAAUUAUUGUUGAAAGGUAUGGGUACCACUGCUGCAAACUAUCCGAUCGCAUACGAAAUGGUAAAAAAGAAGUUUGGUAAUAAAAAGAAAUUAAUUGAUUUAUUAUAUGAUAAUUUAACGAAAAUUCCAAAAAGUAACAAAUGGACUAAAAAUUUGCGAAAUACUUACGAUAAUAUUGAAUCGAAUUUACAUGCUUUAGAAGGUGUAGGUGAAAAUAUUCAAAACAACACCAUACUGUAUUCGAUGAUUAUGAAGAAGUUUCCGUUUGAUAUAAUUAUGAAAGCCGAUUUGGAUGUUGCAAGUAACGAUUUAUCCGAAUUGAGGCAGAAAGUUGGCGAAUUGAUAUGGAAACAAGAGCAGUAUUGUGGUACUAAUUGGAGUGAGUCAUCCGAUAAUAAUUCUAAUAAAAAAGAUUUUUUCAAAGGUACUACAGAGAGCUUGAUAACUGGUGAUAGAAAACCAAGUAAAAAAUGUAUCUAUUGCGGUGAAACGUCACAUUAUUCCGAUGAAUGCAGCAAAAUAACGACAUUGGAAGACAGAAGAAAGAAAUUAAAUGGUCGUUGCAUCAUUUGUUUGAAUCCUGGUCAUCUCGCUAAAGACUGUACGGUAAACAAACCAUGUGUACAUUGUAAAAAACGUCGUAGUCAUCAUCGUAGUUUAUGUAUUAAAUUAUUUUCGAAAGAAGUUAGUAAUCCUGAACCAACUGAAUCUUUACUAAUGAAAGAUCAAGAAGGUAACCUGUUAGCAGCCACAAUCAACGUUGGUAAUGAAAGUCGUGUUCAGAAAGUUACCUCAAUUUUGGAUAGCGGUUCAAGAAGAUCGUACAUUACUACGAGGUUGGCCGAUAAAUUAAAAUUGAAGCCUCUUCAUUAUGAAACGAUUAGAAUUUCUACGAUUUGUUCCGAAGCUCCUCGAGAAAUUUCAACCAAGGUCGUUAGUUUAGAUAUUUUUACAAAUGAUGGUGAAAAAAUAAAAAUCACUGCAAAUACGAUACCUAAAAUUAUUAAUCGAAUAAAUCACCACGAUAUUAAGUUAGAUUCCAGAUUCAAGAAAUUCAAGCUCGCUGAAGUUGAUAAAAAUCUUGUACCUGAACUCCUGAUUGGAAAUGACUACAUGUUCGAUUUUAUGGUCAUGGAAAAAGUAAUUAUUGAUGAUUCAACUUCGUUAAUCAAUUCGAAAUUUGGAUGGCUGGUUGUUGGUCGAAUCGAUAAAAACCACGAAACUCCAGUUUUCUUCUCCGAGAUUGAAAUGGUAGAAAACCUAUGGAAAUUAGAUGCGAUUGGGAUAGAUGAUUCAACCUCAGUGGAGGAUAUUGGCGAUGAACUUGCGGUAAAAAGUUUUUAUGAUAAUAUAGAAUUGAUAGAUAAUCGUUAUGAAGUAGCUUGGCCCUGGAAAGAGUACCCUCCUGAUUUAAAAUCGAACAAAGGGCUCGCCUACGGUCGUUUGAAAUCUCAGAUGAGAAAAUUCGAAAAGAACAAAGAAUUAUUCGACGAAUAUGACAAAGUGAUCAAAUACCAAGAGUCUCAAGGUAUUAUCGAACGAGUCAACGAAUCUAUCAACGAUAAAGAAGAUUUAGUUCAUUAUCUUGCGCAUCACGAAGUUCUGACACCAGAAAGAAUUGUGAAGAAAAUUGAUAAAUCGUUCAAUUAUCGCUACGUUCCAUCUGCUGAAAAUCCUGCUGAUAUAGCCAGUCGCGGUGCAGAAGUGCAAGAUUUGAAUUCGUUCUGGUGGGAAGGCCCCACAUGGUUGAAAGAGAUGGAAGUUGCUUGGCCAAAGGCAAUGAAUUUACAAUUUGAAUCCGAACCUGAACCUGAACCAGAACCAGUACUUAUCUCCAAUAAUACAGCUGUAAUUCAGCCUCCUUUUAAAAUCGAUUGUACUCAAUUUAAAACCCUCAACUAUCUACUUGAUGCAACGUUAAGCUAUAUGAAAAAUGUCGAUUCGAAUAAUAUUGUUCAGAAAACCGAAGAAGCUUUCAACCAGUGGAUUAUAUAUAUCCAAAACAAAAAUUAUCCUGAUAUUUCGCAACCUAAUGCGCUUGGUUUAAAGCGUGAUUCUCAAAAUAUUAUACGUUGUCAUGGGCGCUUAGUUGAAUCAUGUCUCGACGAUAAUGCGAAGUUUCCAAUACUUCUACCUGAGAAAGAAUUCUUCACUCGUUUAUUAAUUGAAAAAAUUCAUAUCGAUAACUAUCAUGUCGGCGUUUCCCAUACUCUCUCUGAAUUGAGAAAAAAUUUCUGGAUUCCAAAAGGCAGAUCGACGGUGUACUACGUUCUAAAAAAAUGUGCUAACUGCAAAUACUAUGAUGGUGGUCCAUAUAAAUAUCCUGCAAUUCCUCCGUUACCUGAAUUCCGUGUAAAUCAAAGCAGUCCGUUUUCCUGUUGUGGUAUCGACACAUUUGGUCCUUUAUACGUCAGUGAUAACUCAGUCCAGAAAAAAGUAUUUGUUAGUAUUUUCGUUUGUAUGAUUACACGUGCGAUUCACUUAGAACUUUUAGAGAAUAUGACCACUCAAGAAUUCCUACUCGCUUUUCGUAAUUUUAUAGCAUUACGCACAAUUCCAAAAUUUGUAAUAAGUGACAACGCGCCGCAAUUUAAAAUAACUAAAUCGGUUUUUGAAAAUCUUUGGAAACAAAUAAUUUCUGAUAAUGAUGUAAUAGAUUUUUGUAAAAAUAAUUCGAUAGAAUGGAAACUGUUACCUGAAUAUGCCCCGUGGCAUGGCGGUUUUUACGAAAGGUUAAUCGGUAUAGUGAAAAUGUCGCUAAAGAAAACAAUUUUUAAUUGUAUAAUAACAGAAAAUCAAUUAAGAACCGUGUUGUACGAAGUAACUUCUGUAAUUAAUUCGCGUCCUAUCGUUUAUGUCGGUGAAAAUGAUAGUAAUGUAUUAACACCUAAUGAUUUGAUGAAUAGCAAAUUCGAUUUUAUUCCGGAUAUCGAUAAUGUUAAAAAUAUUAAACGCGAUGUAAUCGUAAAUUUAUGGAAAAGAUCUAACAAUAUUAUUAAUCAAUUUUGGAACGUUUGGAAAUUCCAAUAUUUAACUAGUCUUCGCGAACGUAAUAUUAGUAUAAAACAAAAGAAAAAUGUAGUAGAUUUAGUUCCUAAAGUAGGAGAUAUCGUAUUAAUCGAAGGUGAUAAAAAAUUUUGUCCUAGAGGAGAGUGGAAAGUUGGUAAAGUAAUUAAUGUUAAUGUUAGCUCAGACAGUAAUGUUAGAUCAGCAAUCGUUGAAACUAAAAAUUCUAAACUUACCCGUCCCAUUAACAAAUUGUAUCCCUUGGAAACAUCGUAA